GAUUUCCAAAUCGAUGAGGCUGUCGGAUUUGGAAUUCCAUAAAAUUUUGACAGCUGCCUGCUACUAGCUGUGAUGCUUUCAAAAUAUAUGAACGAGUCAGUUGCGUGCAUUUCGUUUCCGAAUUUUUUUACUUCAUACAUUUCAUUCCAAAACACAUUGCACAUCAUCGUCUUCCCGCUUCUCGUAGCAGGAAGAAGAUAAGGAAGAGGAAAAAGAGGCCGAAGAAGAGCAAGAAGAAGAAGAGGAGGAAGAGGAAGAAGAGGAAGAAGAGGAACCCCAAACCCGUCGCUCAUCAAGGCGUUAUUCCCGACGCAAGAGUAGUAUGCCGUUUGGAUUCGUCACUUGCAGUCCCAGCGAGGCCCUGGUGAUCUCCGGUGUGGGCUACGAUGGGACACCGAAAUUCGUAACGGGAGGACGGGCCUUCGUCUGGCCCUUCGUCCACAAGGUGCAGCGCAUCAACCUCAACACCUUCACUUUGGUUGUGGAUAGCCCUCGCGUCUACACCAAGUUGGGCGUGGCCUGCAGUGUCGUCGGCAUUGCACAGGUGAAAAUUGAAGGCAGUCGUGAAGACCUAUUGAAGAAGGCAUGCCAGCAGUUUCUGGGCAAGAGCACCGGGGAGAUCCAGCGUAUCGCGCUGGAGACACUGGAGGGACACCAGCGGGCCAUCAUGGGCACCAUGACGGUCGAAGAGAUCUACCGGGAUCGUCAGACAUUUAACCACCACGUGUUUGAGGUGGCCACCGCUGAUCUGGUGAAUCUGGGCAUCCGCGUGGUCAGCUACACCAUCAAGGACAUUCACGAUGAUGAGGGCUAUUUGAACGCGCUGGGUAUGGCCCGCACGGCUGAAGUAAAACGGGACGCCCGCAUCGGGGAGGCCAUCGCCAAGAAGGAGACCACCAUUAAGGCCGCGCUGGCCGAUGAGGCACGAGUGACCGCAAAGGCUCAGAACGACAUCGAAAUCGCCAAAGCUCAGCGGGAUUUUGAGUUGCAAAAAGCCACGUAUGAUAUGGAAGUGCAAGGACAGCGCGCCGUCGCCGAAUUGGCCUACAGUUUGCAGGCCGCCAAGACGCACCAGCUAAUUAAAGAGCAGGAAAUGGAGAUCGCCGUGGUAGAGCGCACUCGUCGCAUUGAGCUGCAGGAGCAAGAAAUUGCCCGUCGCCAGAAAGAGCUGGAGGCGACCGUUCUCAAGCCCGCUGAGGCCGAACGAUACCGAGUGGAGCGCAUUGCUGAGGCCCAAAAGAACCGCAUUAUGCUGGAGGCAGAAGCCGAAGCGGAGACCAUCCGCCUACGCGGUGAAGCGGAAGCCUUCGCCAUCCAGGCCAAAGCCAAGGCGGAAGCUGAACAAAUGGCCCAGAAGGCCGCCGCCUGGAAGGAGUACAAGGAGGCUGCUAUGGUGGAUAUGGUAUUGAAGACGCUGCCGAACGUCUGCGCCGAAGUCUCGCGCCCGCUGAGCCAGUUGCAGGGCAUCAAGAUGGUCAGCGCCGGAGACGGGGAGAUCGGCGUGGCUAAGCUGGUGGGCGAGGUGGUGGAGAUUGUCACGCGCAUGCCGCAUCUCAUCGAGACCAUGACUGGCGUCGACAUGGCCAAAGCGGUGGAUCAUAAAUCCGGCUCCCGCAAAUAAGCGGAUGCCAACAGAUUUGCGGUUGGUUGUCGCUUUGCGUAUAUCUCCGCGCCGGGUAGCUGCUUUUCCGCACGGUCAUCACAAUCACUUUCCAAGUCGGACCCGGCGAGUUAUCCAUUUUCACCAGUGUUUUUGUUUGUUUGUUUUUUUAUGCGGCGCACAUUCAUUGUCGGCUCCAGUGUGUUUUCUGUUGCGUUGUGAUUUUCUACACCCUUGCGGUUUUUUGACUUUUUUACGUGCGAAUUGUUUACAUUCGCAUCGGUACAGUACCCGUUGUGAGGUGGCUCUGAAUAUAGAGAUUGUUUGCAAAUAGCUCUACUACGAGUAGUUAUUGUAAAUUUUAGGUACUGCAAGUAGUACUUACUUAACGGGGGCCCUUUCGAUGCCGAUUAUUUUUGUCGAGUUAUUAUUUCUAUCCGUAUUUAUUUGAGUGGAUAGUCCCGGCCGAUGACCGGUCUGGUGACUCUCGUACAUGGUUGUGGCUGUGAUCAACUUGUCAUUGGAAAAACAAUGAAAUCUGCUUGUAA